AUGAGCUCAGACAUCUUUAUUGAAUUUGAAUAAAGCUACAAUAUAGAACACAAUUAACCUAGUUAAAAUAUUAUUAAUCAAGAAGAAUCAAUUCAUAGAAAAAAAAAAGGUGGACCAGCUAGAUUUACACGAAAAGUUGAUCCUUUACAAAACAGAGAUAUUCCUCUCUAACCACCUUCAAUAGGAAGUUAAAUUAUUGAAAAUCCUUUGACUCCAAAACUAGAAAAAGAUUCAGAACUUUAAAUGUUAUAGAUAUCACCUAAUGAUGUUGUUAUUCAAGAAAAUCCAUUGGUACUAACAUCAAAAUUAGAAAUCAAUAGAGAAUCAAAUGAUACUAAACUUAAAAAUCAAACAGCUAUUAUAACUAGUUCUUAACAGAUUAAUAAUUUCUUAAAAUUAGUCAUUGCAAAAAGCUCUUUCAACAGAUUUAUUGAUAAUCUAUUGUAAAAGUCUUAUGUCAAGAAAUAUUAUCAUUUUACUGAUUUUUAAAAUAGUUUAAUGGAUGAUCUUAAAUAUUUAUAUUAACAUGAAAGAGUCAAAAAAAAUUGGCUAUAAAAAUAAUGUAAACGCUUAAAAUUUGUUCCAAUAUUAGAUUAAAGUAGUAAUUUUGUGAUUGGAUGGCAAAUGUUACAUAUUAUAACUACAAUAUUAAUAUUUUUUUGGACUCCUUUUAACAUUUCAUUUGGUGUUACCUACUAAUAGACAGUUUUUGGUGAAAUGACUGUAAAAAGUGUUGAAAAUUGUUUUCUCCUUAGCAUUCUUAUUGAUGGUUUAAUUGUUCUUAACACUUCAUUUAUUGAGAAAGGAGUGAUUAUCAAAUCAAGAAGGAAAAUUUUUAUUAAUUAUUUAAAUAGUUAAGGAAUAUAUGAUAUAGUAAAAUAUAAAAAAAAAUAAUAGUUGUCAUUCGUAGCUCUACUUAUUGGAAUUGAGAAUGAAAUAGAGGAUUCGCAUGAUAAAUUAGGAUGGCAAAUAUGUCCAUAUUUAAUAUUUUAUGGAAGUAGAUAAUUUAAGCUACAGGAUCGAGUUCGUAAACUAGAAGAGUAAAUAUUGUUAUAAAAUUUAGAUUCUUUAACUUUACUGGUUCAUAUUAAGAUUUUAUAGAAUUAAUUAAAUUGUUAUUUAUGGUAAUAUAUGUAGGUCAUUUAUUUGCUUGUUUGUGGCAUGGAGUAGCCUUUUAUUAGCAAGGUCAUCGUUAAACAUGGAUAGAUACUUAUGUUGAAAAUCCUGAAAUGUUUGAAAAAUAUAAUUUUGCUAUUUAUUGGGCUGUUUAAACAAUGAUUACAGUAGGAUAUGGUGAUUUAACACCUUAAAAUCAAGCAGAAAGAGUUUGUGCAAAUUUCAGUAUGUUUUUAGCAUGUGGAGUUUUUGCAUUUUCUUUUAAUUCAAUAGGAUUAAUGCUUACAAAUUUGAAUUCCAGAUAGGUUCUCUAUAAAAAAAGUAUUAAUCUAUUGAAUUAAUAUUUGACAAAAAAUUAAAUAAAGUUUGAGUUGUAAUAACGUAUUAGAAACUAUUAUGAUUAUAUUUUUGCAGAAGAGUAAGAAAUUAACGAUGAAGAAGUGUCACAAAUAAAAUAAAAGUUAUCAAAUAGUCUUCAGGAGGAACUUAAUUUUGAAAUAAGACAUAAUGUAAUGAAGAUGAAUACAUUGCUGGCAAAAUUUUCAUAGAAAACUUUGAAAUAAUUAUCAUAAAUAAUGGAGGAAGUAAGAUAUUCACCUGAAGAUUAAAUUUUAUAUUAAGGUAAUUAUGAUGAUGCAGCAAUGUAUCUGAUAACAAAAGGAAGGAUAUGUAUUUAAUUUUAGGAUGACAAUGAAGGAAAUAAUAGUCGAGUAUUUUGUUAUCUAAGUAAAGGAGAGUCUUUUGGCGAAUAUGGAUUUUUUACAGGUAUGGCUCGUACUGCAUCUGCAAAAAGUGAAGGAUUUUCUAGAGCUUAUAAAAUUUAGAGAUAGCAUUUGUUGAAUGUAUUGACAUAGAAUUCAUCAGAUAUGGUAUUUAAAUAAAAUAAAAGGUAGGAAAGAUUUUGUGAAAUAAGAGAUAGUAUUUUGGCAAGUAAUAAUUUCUAACCAGCUAAAUUGAGUUGUUAUUCAUGUAAAAAGUUCACUCAUUUGAUAAAAGACUGUCCUAUACUACAUUAUGUGGCUGAUUAAGAGAGGGUCUUAAAAAAAGAGUAUUUUCCAAUUUAACAGGAAAGGAAUAGUAAAUAUUCUAGAAAAAGGAUUACAAGAACUAAAUAUCAUACUUUAAAAGAAGUGAGAAAGAAUGUCAAUUUAGUUAAAGAAAUUCAGUGUAAUUAUGCAUUAGAUAAUAUAUCUUAAGUUGAUGAUUAAAUAGAAGAUUCUGAAAGUGAAGUAGCUGUAUCUCCAUAGGAUCAUUGUAAUAAAUAAGAUUUAUUUUAGCUUCAUAAACUAAGAGUCUAUCAAAAUUAUCUAGAUAAUAAUCUUAAAAUAGAAGUUUAUCUUAGGAUAAUCAUCUUUAACCUAUUUAAGAAAGUGAAAGUUCAAAAGAGAGUGGAGUAAUACAAAAUUAAAGAGUAAAAUAGGUUAAGUAAACUAUAUAAACUGCUGGAUUUUGUGCCACAGAUUCAAUUCAUAAUAAAUUAGCAUCUAUAAAAGAAGAAUAAAUGACAGAUUCACUUUAAGAAAAAUAACAAUAGUCGUCUAUUAAUAUUUCAAUAUCUAAUUUAUAGAAACUUGAAGAUUUUAGAUUCUCUCUUAAAAAUGAUCAACAUUUAUAACCAAAUAAUGAUAGUUAGCGUUCAUCAAAUAAGAGGAAUGCUUAAGUUAAGAAAUUAAAGAAGGAUGAUUCAUAAAAGCAUAUUUAAUCACAAAGUUAAUUAGAUUUUAGAGAUACUAGAGGUUAAUCUCUUUCAAAUCAAAUUAGAAAAUCGAGAUUGUCCAAAGAUAUUAGAGAAAUCUCUUAAGAGUUUUAAAUGGUUGAUAAAAGAGAUAUAUUUAAAAGAAAAUAUUCAAAAACAAAUCUUACUAAAACUACUAAAACUUUUAAGACUCUUAAAAUUUAAGAUAAUCCUUCUCAAAUUUAAAAUUAAGAAUUAUCGACUCCUGUUCAUGAUUAUUAUACUCCAUCUAAUUCAAUGUUUUUGGAAAAUUUUGAAACAAUGAAAAACUAUCGAUAUUAUUUUAGUUGGAAUAAUCCUUCUGUUGUAGUCCCAAGAGCUGUCAGAAUAUUUAAAAUUAAUAUAGAUAAAAGAAAGAAUUUUGGUAAUAUCUUUUCAUUAUAUACAUUUAAUAAUUUAGCUAUAAAUAAAACACUUAGAAUCAAAAGAAAAUUAAAAUUAAUGUAAUUUUUAAUAUUUAUUUUCUUAAAGUGAUGAUCCAAUCUUUGAAGAUAUCAAUACUAAAAAAAGUAGAUAUGGAAAUAGAAUACCACGUUAAACAAGAGUUUGUAAUAAAAGAACUACUCAAUAAUCUGAUUUAAUUGGUUAACAUCUUGAAAAACCAUCUCAUGGAACAGAUAUUUCUAUUCACAAAUCAAACUUUUAUGAAUAUAAAAAUAUUUGA